UAGCCGGGGCUGAUGCAACCCGUCCCGCCGCCCGCCACAGCCUGCGGGAGGGACGCUCGGCGGCCGCGACGGGGGGCGCUGGCGGCGGCGGACGCUGCAGCGGCGGCGGGGCUGGCGCCGCGGCGGCUCCCGGGCCGGGACGGGCCUGGGCACCGGGCGGAGCUCGGCGGCCGGGCGGCAGCGGCGCUGCGUGGGCACGGCGCCUGCAGCCGGGCCCCGGCCCCGGGGGCGCCGCCUCCGCCCGCGGCUUGUGCACGGUUGGUUCCAGCCACCUCCAGGGAGAUGUGUUGGGAAGUGCUAAGUGUCCCCGAAGGAAGGAUUUGGAUGAGGAUCUCUCUACUCACUCACCGCCUAGCUUUUGCAGCCGCUGGGGCUGGGCUGCCGCUCUUCCUGCUAUGAUGCCUGGGCAGAUUCCAGACCCUUCCGUGACUGCGGGCUCUCUGCCAGGGCUCGGCCCCCUUACCGGACUCCCCAGCUCGGCUCUGACUGCAGAGGAGCUGAAAUACGCCGACAUCCGCAACAUUGGGGCCAUGAUCGCCCCCUUGCACUUCCUGGAGGUGAAGCUGGGCAAGAGGCCCCAACCCGUGAAAAGUGAGGUCCACUGGCAGCAUGGACUCAGAGUUGGGAAACUGGGCCAUCUCGCCGGUGAGCUGCGCUGGCUGAACAACGCUGGAGCCAGCCAAGCUGCUCUCCCUUCUACCACGUCCCCAAGACACAAGACCACUUGGCCUGAGCUAGAUGAAGAAGAGGAACGGAGGAAAAGACGACGGGAGAAGAACAAAGUAGCAGCAGCCCGAUGCCGGAACAAGAAGAAGGAGCGGACAGAGUUUCUGCAGCGGGAAUCUGAGCGGCUGGAACUCAUGAACGCGGAGCUGAAGACCCAGAUCGAGGAGCUGAAGCAGGAGCGACAGCAGCUCAUUCUGAUGCUGAACCGGCACCGCCCCACCUGCAUUGUCCGCACGGACAGCGUCAAGACCCCUGAGUCUGAAGGCAACCCGCUGCUCGAGCAGCUAGAGAAGAAGUGACCAUGGGCUGGGAGCAGGAGGAGGAGGAUGAGGAGGACGAGGAGGAGGAUUUGGGAAGAGGGGAGAGAACCAGGGCUCCCAGAGGGCCCUUCCUUGCUGCAUGACAAACUUGACAACGAGGCUCAGCCCAGCCAGCGCUGGCCGGGCUUUUCUUUUUUUGUGAAACUCCGAUCAGCCACACAAGGGGAAGAAUGGGCUGACAAAACCAGAAGGACCAAGCGCUGAGACCAAAGUAGACCCUCGGAUGGAGCUGCCGUGCCUGGGGCCCAGCUUGAAGGAGGCAGGACAGAGACCCCUGGCCAAAGAGACAUCCCAGCGAAUGGCCUGGGGCGCCUUUCUGGCCUCUCCACUGGGUGCCCGCGGAGGGACCUCGGAGCAGCCAGGAAAAGCCUUGAGUUGCAAACGAAAUGUGGCUGGGCAUGGAACUCAGAGACCAACUGCAGCCUGCCUGCCCCCGGCCCUGCCUUCCGACCCUGCUGCGAGGCCACCAGGGUCCAGCGUGGGUCCCGCUGGGAGCGGCAGCCAGGACGCACCCUCCGCGGCCCUGCCGGAGUUUGCUGCGGGCACGAGGCGCAGGCGCCCUUCCAAAGCACAUACUCACCGAAUGUUUACAGACUGGCUGUCCUGGCAGGGCUUUCAACUGCACAUGUUUUUUUAUACUUUCUUUUUUUUUUUUUAAUAUUUUUUACAAAAAAAAAAAAGAUUUUAUACAAGCAAUAUAUAUAUGGAUUUCUAUAAUCACUCGAUGUGAUAUAGUAUAAAUAUGCUAUGGUUUGUUUGUUACAAGCAGAUAUCCAGCAGUUAUGGCCAUUUUGUGUAACCCUAAGUACUGUAGUCGUCUCUGGGUGUUGGGGGUGGCCGGGGCAGGUGUGGGGUGCAUUUCCAUCCUGGUAAACCCUUCAUAGUACUCAGUCCUUUAUUGCUCAGUAAACGUUACUCUUACCUACUCA